CAGGAGCACUAAAACUUCGGCUUUCAAGAUGGCGGCUCCCGUAAUUGAAACAUGCCAUGUAGCUUGCUGCGCAAACAGGACACCAAACGUGGUUUCGUGGGGUCGUGGAGGAACGAUUGCUUUUGGGACAUGUAACUCAGUGGCUCUAUACGACCCCCGGAAGAGGACAGUAGUCGCUGUGCUGAAUGGACACACUGGCAGAGUGAAUGCAGUCCAGUGGGUUCACGGACUGGACUGUGCUCUGGAGAGUCAUCUCGUCUCAGGAGGCUCAGACAAUCGCAUCAUUCUCUGGGAGGCUCAGAAUGGGAAGUUCAAACAGUCAGUGCAGUGUAAGGGCCACACUGCUGCAGUUUGUGCUGUGGAUGCCAUGUACACGGUGGACUCUCAGAUUCUGGUGGCCUCAUCAGCAUCGGACUCAACAGUUAGACUGUGGCUCUGCAGUGAAGCCAAAGAAGCCGAAUGCCCUCAUACCUUAUCGUUUGGUGGCGGAUUCAUGAUGGAUGUGUCGCUGGCACUGUUGCCAGGCAGCAGAGUUCCCAUUCUGGCCUGUGGGGGUGAUGACUCUCGGGUGCAUUUGUAUGUGCGGUCCAAUGGUCAGCUCCAGAAAGCGAUGUCUCUGCAGGGGCAUGAAGACUGGGUUCGUGGAGUGGAAUGGGCAUCCAGAAGUGGGGAGCUGUUAUUAGCCAGCUGUUCGCAGGACUGUCUAAUCAGAGUGUGGAGGCUGUGCGCCAAGUCUGGGACAGACGCCUGCUCAGAGGACGAUCACACCAUCAUCAAAAUGAAAGAGGAUGUUUUUGAAGUGAAGGAGAGAGACUCUUCCUCAGUGUUUGCCUUGUCUCUCGAGACCGUCCUGGCGGGUCAUGAGAACUGGGUCUACGGAGUCAGCUGGCAGCCUCCUUUCUAUGCAGGUGAUGAGCUGCAGCAGCCUCUCAGCCUGCUCUCUGCUUCCAUGGACAAGACCAUGAUCCUCUGGGCUCCUGAGGAGGGGUCUGGUGUCUGGGUGGAGCAGGUGCGUGUAGGAGAGGUUGGUGGCAACACUCUGGGCUUCUACGGCUGCCAGAUCAGUCCAGAUGGCGCGAUGGUUGUGGCUCACGCUUUUCACGGAGCGCUGCAUCUGUGGUGCAAAGACCCGGACAAAGCGGGCGAGUGGAGGCCUGGGGUUGUGAUAUCAGGUCAUUUUGAUGCAGUCCAGGACCUGAGCUGGGACCCUGAGGGCGAGUUCAUCCUGAGCGUGGGCUCAGACCAGACCACCAGACUCUUCACUCCAUGGAGGAAACACCACGCCCAGCAGGAAACCUGGCACGAGAUCUCGCGCCCGCAGAUCCACGGGUACGACAUGCAGUGCCUGGCGACGGUCGGCAGGUUCCAGUUCGUGUCCGGCGCGGACGAAAAGGUCCUGCGAGUGUUCCAAGCGCCGCGCAAUUUCGUGGAGAACUUUGCGAACAUCUCGGGGACGUCGAGAGAAAAUCUGCUGACCUCCACUGAGUCGGCCACGCUUCCAGAAGGAGCCAGCACACCUGCCCUGGGUCUGUCCAACAAGGCGGUUUUUCAAGGUGACAUGAACUCGAACUCCGCUGAGAAUGAUGAGCAGUUCAACAGUAUAUCGGAUCAGUACCAGGAGCCUUACUUCCACCCACUCAGCCUGACUGAGCCUCCACCAGAGGAUCAUCUUCUCCAGAACACGCUGUGGCCCGAGGUCCAGAAGCUGUACGGCCACGGCUUUGAGAUGUUCUGCCUCGCGUCCGACAGCUCCAAGACGGUGGUGGCGUCGGCCUGCAAGGCGUCCAAAGCGGAGCACGCCGCCCUGCUGCUGUGGAGCGCCGCCACGUGGCGCCGGCUGCAGACGCUGCCGUGCCACGCCCUGACCGUCACGCAGAUGGCCUUCUCCCCAGACGCGCGCCUCCUGCUGGCCGUCUCCCGCGACCGCACCUGGUCUCUGUGGAGCCGCGAGCUGCCCGAGGGUCCAGAGCCGCGCUUCGCGCUCCACACGCACACGAACACGGACACGGCCGUGCACACGAGGAUCAUCUGGUCGUGUGACUGGAGCCCCGACAGUAAAUACUUUGUGACCUCCAGUCGUGACAAGAAGGUGAUUGUGUGGGGCCCCUGCGGAGGCGGGGAGUCCACGAGUCCAGAACCGCCACCGGAAAUCAAACCCUGUUCGUCCAUCUUGGAUGUUGGUGAUGCUGCUACAGCUGUGGCCUUUUGCCCCGUUCUCUGCUCUGGUGACAGUUACCUGCUUGCAGUCGGCCUGGAGUGUGGUAGAAUCCUGCUGUACAGAUGGAGCCCCUACCAGGAUCCUGCUGGAGGACACGACUGGAGCAGCUGCGGAGGAACGGACCCCUCACAGAGCCACUGUUUGGCGGUGAAGAGGCUCCGCUGGAGGCCCACGGCCGGACGAGCAGGUCGAGGCGACGGCCACAAGGACGCACAGGCGGACGGAGGGGGUGACAUCGAGGAGGAGAGCUCCUGGGUCCAGCUCGCCAGCGCCGGCGCCGACCACUCUGUCAAAAUCUUCAGCAUCAACAAACGAGCUCUUUAGCACCGCCAACACUGACACUAUUAUGUCUCUCACACGCAGAGAGAGGCAGACACUCAGACUGAGGGCCACGGGCCUGACUGGGGCACCGAGGCCACAGCUGCUUGCUGGCAAGCCACUCACUCCAUGUGACAGCCAGUUCAGUGAUGGGUCAGACUCAGGACAGACCCACACACACACACACACACACACACACACACACACACACACACACACACACACACACACACACACACACACACACACACACACACACACACACACACAGACGCCCUGCAGUCCGUCUGCACACAGCUGCACACACUCGAUGGGUGGAAGCCUCCCAGUGUUCUACAGUUCUUUACAUGAGUCAACAUGUUUAUGGUGAAGCGUAUUAAAGACACAAAUUAAGGAAG